AUGGCGAACCGCUCCUACUACGAUCAGAAGAUGAGUACGCUCAGGGACCUGGGAACAUCGUGGGAGUCUUGCCGCCGUGUACUUAGCACUGUUACUCUGGCACAGCGCCCACUGCGCCUAGCUGAACUUUGCGUCUUGUCCGGACUGCCGCAGGAGACUCAAGCAAAGGACAUUGUGGCCUUGUGCGACUCGUUUCUCACGAUCAAUGAGAAAGACGACUCCGUUGAUGUUGACCUGCCGACUAAGGACUACUUGAUCAAUGAGGCAAGGGAUGAAAUCUACCCGUCCGGUGUCACCGGCGCCCAUCUCAGCUUGUUCUCCCGAUCACUGGAGGCCAUGUCCUCCACCUUACGGCGGAAUAUCUACAGUCUGCACCAUCCCGGGGUUUCAGUCGAUGAAGACAUGCUACUAAUACCAGAACCGGAUCCGUUAGCGACUAUAAGAUAUUCCUGUGUCCACUGGAUCAGCCAUUUCUGCGAUGCCUACGAAAGUGACGCUUGCCAUAAGCACCAGAUUGACCCUGAUAAUGCCAAGUCAGUUGACAACUUUCUUCGAAGUACCACACUCUACUGGCUCGAGGUGUUAAGUCUCAUACAAGAAACAGCGUCCGCAUUACGCUCGAUGUGGAGGCUAGUACUUUUGCUUAGGAGAAAGUCAUCUGACAGCGACUUAUUAGACCUUGUUCGAGACUCAUAUCGUUUUUUUCUUCAGAACAUAUCUGCAAUCAAGUGUGCUCCACUCCAGGUGUACGCAUCAGCCCUUGUAUUCAGCCCGGCCGACAGUCUAAUCCGCAAGCUAUUUGGAAAGGAGGAGCCCAACUGGAUAGAAACUAAACCAGAUGUGGCAAAUCACUGGAGUCCUUGUUUACAGGCUCUAGAGGGUCACGAGGCUGCGGUCUUAUCGGUUUCAUACUCUCACGACUCGCGCCUUCUAGCCUCAGCAUCGGAUGACCGUACAGUCAAAAUUUGGGAUACAGAAACAGGUUCCUUGCAGCAUACACUUGAGGGUCACAGUGAUUUGGUCAGAUCAGUUAUAUUCUCCCACGAUUCCCGGCUUCUUGCCUCAGCAUCCGAUAGUACAGUCAAAAUUUGGGAUACAGGAACAGGUUCCUUGCAGCAUACACUCGAGGGUCACCGUGACUGGGUCAGAUCAGUUAUAUUCUCCCACGAUUCCCAGCUUCUUGCUUCAGCAUCCGAUGAUAGUACAGUCAAGAUUUGGGAUACAGGAACAGGUUCCUUGCAGCAUACACUCGAGGGUCACCGUGACUGGGUCAGAUCAGUUAUAUUCUCCCACGAUUCCCAGCUUCUUGCUUCAGCAUCCGAUGAUAGUACAGUCAAGAUUUGGGAUACAGGAACAGGUUCCUUGCAGCAUACACUCGAGGGUCACCGUGACUGGGUCAGAUCAGUUAUAUUCUCCCACGAUUCCCGGCUUCUUGCUUCAGCAUCAGAUGACCGGACAGUCAGGAUCUGGGAUACAGAAAAAGGUUCCCAUAAACACACACUAGAGGGUCACAGUAGUUUGGUCACCUCAGUUUCAUUCUCGCAUGACUCCCGCCUUCUAGCCUCAGCAUCAAAUGACCAGACAGUCAGGAUCUGGGAUAUCGAGGCACGCUCCCUUCAACAUACAUUCGAUCUUGACGCUACAAUUGAAGCAAUGCGGUUUGACAAGGCCACGUCGCUUUGGAUCCAAGUUACGGUCAAGGCCAGCAUCCGGAGCGCCAUGGGUAUGGCUUAAGCAGCGACUUGUCUUGGAUUACGUGGAACGGUGAUAAUGCACUGUGGCUUCCG